UCCCCCUUCCCACGACCAUGAUGUUCUCCUCCCUCUCCAGGUUCGCUCCGGUAGCUGCCCGUGGCGCACGCGGGUUCGCUUCCUCCAGCGCAAGGCACCACAAGGUCGCCGUCCUCGGUGCAGGCGGUGGGAUCGGACAGCCUCUCUCCCUUCUCCUCAAGUUGGACCCCCUCGUCACCCAGCUCUCUCUGUACGAUAUCCGCGGUGCUCCCGGUGUCGGCGCCGACAUUUCUCAUAUCGACACUGCCUCGAACGUCAAGGGGUACCCUGCUGACCAGCUCGAGGUUGCGCUCGACGGUGCGGAGGUCGUCAUCAUCCCCGCUGGUGUUCCUCGCAAGCCCGGCAUGACCCGUGACGAUCUCUUCAACACCAACGCCUCCAUCGUCCGGGACCUCUCCAAGGCCUGCGCCAAGGUCUGCCCGGACGCACACAUGCUGAUCAUCUCCAACCCGGUGAACAGCACCGUGCCGAUCGUCGCGUCCACCUACGGCUCAAAGUUCAACCCCAACAGGUUGUUCGGUGUCACCACGCUCGACGUUGUGCGCUCCUCUCGUUUCCUGGGUGAGAUCACCGGUGAGAAGCCGGAGGAUAUCCGCGUUACGGUCAUUGGUGGCCACUCUGGUGUCACGAUCGUUCCUCUGCUCUCCCAGACGCCCCAGGCCCAGAAGCUCCAGUUCGGAGGCGCAGAAUGGAGCAACCUCGUUCACCGUAUCCAGUUCGGUGGUGAUGAGGUCGUCAAGGCCAAGGACGGUGCUGGGUCCGCUACCCUGUCGAUGGCUUACGCUGGUGCCAAGUUCUCCAACCAGCUCCUCCGCGCGCUUAACGGCGAGAAGGGCAUCAUCGCUCCCUCAUUCGUCCGCUCCCCGUUGUUCGAGUCCGAGGGCGUUGAGUUCUUCAGCAGCAACAUCGAGCUCGGCACCGGCGGUGUAGAGAAGAUCCACCAGGUAGGCGCGCUCGCUCCCGAAGAACAGAAGCUCGUCGACGCCUGCAUCCCCGAGCUCAUCAAGAACAUCAAGAAAGGCCAGGAGUUUGUCGCUUCUUCCUAAGCACACUCCUUGCCUUGUCCUGUGAAGGGCGACCCGCUUGGCUCUUGCGUUUCUCUCUUGCCGGAGGAGUCGGGCGGAAAAUUCUGUUGUCACGUUUUGUGCAGUAACCUUCUUGAAAAUACAUCUAUUUCGGGGCAGUGCGAGGUCCUG